AUGGCAAACUUAGACUUAUGGAAGAUUCUCUUGGUCCCAAGGAAAAAGAGGUGGAGAGAAAACUCAAAGCAUGGGAAGACAGAAAAAAAGCAAAAUCAACAAAUAAGUAAGCACUACUUCUUUGAGUCCCAACACAAAUUCAUGAAGCCAUUCUCUGCAAAAUUAGAGAAAAUAAGACAAGAAGAAUAUGAGAAACUCAAGAACAAGGAAGCUCAUGUACAAGAAGCAGUGGAAAAAAAGAAGGCAGCCAUUGAUGCUCGGUUCCAGAAAAAGACUCUUCAGAUAACGGAGAAAGCUAACAAAUAUCGAUCAACCGGUAAACUUCCAAAGAAGUGCUUCGGUAUAUGUUCAGACUAA